AUGUUGGCCGUCAAGCGUCGUGCCGAUAAGAAGACCAGCUGCCGCUCCCUCUUCUCCUUUCCGCUGUGCAUGUUGUUUAAAGUCGACGAAGCUUCUCGGCAUCUCGUUCUCGUUGCGACCCCUCCGGCCGAGCUCCGACAGGCCUCGAAGCCGGACCUCGCAGCCCAGACGCAGGCUGCCUCCGACCCCGCCGCCUCGCUCCGCGAGCUGCCCUCGGCCGUCGAUUGCGCCGCCCACCUGCAGCUCCUCGAGACCUUUGUCGCUCUCCACGGCACCGUCCGGCUGCUCGCUGCCGCGGCGGGUCUCGCCCCGGAGGCGGCCUGGGACUCGUACUGCGACCGCGCCGUCGCGCGCUUCGAGGCGUGGAGCGCCAGCGGCCCGAGGCCGGCGGAGCGGAUGCCGCCGGUUGACGUGCUCAUGGCGUGGCACGCCCUGAUGCUGCACCCCAGGGCGUACGCGCGCUUCAUCGAGCUCGGCGGGCGGCUGGGACUGGACGGCCUGAAGUGGUCCGAGAUUUCAAACCUGACGAUGCCCGACAUCGACCUCCCCUCCCUCUCCGCAGCCCACACCGGCGUCUUCACCCACCGCUCCCCGACGGGCACCCCGCUGUUCACCUACCCCCUCGCCGCCGCCAUCCGGCGCCAGCUCUCCUUCUCGACCAAGAUGGCCCGCCACGCCUGGCUGCGCAGCCCGUCGCUCGCCUCGACGCUCGCCCGCUCCCGGGCCCGGUACGCGCGCUUCUUCCAGCUCAUCGCCGCGCACCCGCGCACCGUCAUGGUGCCCACCCUCGACAUCGACCUCGUCUGGCACACCCACCAGCUCAGCCCGGCGCGGUACCUCGCCUUCUCGAAGCGCGCCGUGGCGGGGCGGCUCGUCGACCACGACGACGAGAUCGCAGACGAGACGCUCGGGGCGCUGGCCGCAGACAUGCAGGAGCUCUGGGCCGAUGUAUUUGACGGCGAGGCCUACCACGCGUGUCUGUGCUGGGCCUGCGAGGGCGGGCGUGCGGGCGUCGACGGUGGCGUCGUGGACGCGGCGCUGCAGAAGGAGGAGGCGGCAGCGGCCGGUAUUCUGCCGCUUGCAGACCUCGCGUUCCCGCGGUGCGGCGACUGCGGCAACCAUCCUGACAGCUGCUGUCCUUCGGUCGAGGGUGCUGCCGGGUGUGGGAGCGGGUGCGGCGGUGGCUGCGGAGGAGAGGGCGGGUGCGGAAGCUGUGGUGCGAGGUGA